AUGGCAUUCCAAUCCUUCCCUCCACCUCCAGUCAACACUAUCGACUGGAGCAACGUCGGCUUCAAAGUCCGCGAGGUAAACGGCCACGUCGAAUCCCACUACACAGCCGCCACAAAAACAUGGUCACCCCCGAAGCUCGUGACGUCGCCCUACCUCCCCAUCCACGGGAUGGCACCGGGCCUGAACUACGGACAACAGGCGUACGAAGGGCUCAAGGCAUUCCGGCACCCCAACGACAGCAAGAUCACGAUUUUCCGACCGGACCGAAACGCCGCGCGCAUGCAGCGCUCGGCAUCGUUUAUUUCGAUCCCAUCCGUUCCGGAAGACCUGUUCAUCGAAGCUGUUGAAUUGGCCGUUGGCGCGAACGCGGGCUUCGUUCCUCCCCAUGAGACCGGGGCCGCGAUGUACAUCCGUCCGCUGAUCUUUGGAUCGAGUGCGCAGCUGGGUCUUUCCCCGCCGGAGGAGUAUACGUUUGUCGUUUUUGUUAUGCCUACGGGUGUAUACCACGGCGUGCAUGCUGUUGAUGCAUUGAUACUUGAGGACUUUGACCGUGCGGCGCCAGAGGGGACGGGGAGCGCGAAGGUCGGCGGGAACUAUGCGCCUGUCCUGCGGCACAGUGCUAAGGCGCAUGCUGAGGGGUUCGGAAUCACGCUGCACCUUGAUAGCCGGACACGGUCGGAGAUUGACGAGUUCUCGACGAGCGCGAUGAUUGCUGUUAAGAAGGAUAAACAGUCUGGGAAGAUCACGCUCGUCCAGCCGGAUAGCCCCAAUGUUAUUGACAGUGUGACUGCGGCGUCAGUGUGCGAGAUCGGUCAGCGCUGGUUCGGAUAUGAGGUUGAGAAGCGGCGGAUUCCAUAUGAAGAAUUGUGCGAGUUCGAGGAGGUGAUGGCUGCGGGUACGGCGGCAGCGCUGGUGCCUAUUCGAAGUAUCACGAGACGCUCGACGGGUGAUAAGUUUAAGUUUGAGUGUGGUGGUGAGGGCGCAGGGGGUGGUGAGGUCUGCGUCAAGCUCUUGACGACGUUGAAGGGGAUUCAGCUAGGAAAGAUUGAGGAGAACUUGGGAUGGAAUCGUGUUGUCAAGGCGCCGCCGGCGGAGUGGGUGAGUGCUGCUGGGGAGAAGGAAGAGGCCGGCAUUGAAGUCCCUUGA